AUAACUCCAUGGACUCCGGUAAUUUGAAAGUCUGCGAACAGCUCGCUGCUCCGAUAUCAGCGUAGGCUUCUAACUAGUCGUGCAAAUCAAAAAAGGACCUAGUUAAUAACACGAAAACUUGCGUGAUUAAUCAAGCGGUUAUUUCUGUAGUUAUUCACUAAUAAUUUUCGUUUUUGGUAAAGCAAGACACUCGACAAUGGCUUCAAAAGUGAACACUUUUCUAAAUUUCGACACUGGGUGUGCUGGGGAAAGCGAGUUGAUUGCAAUAGGGCAAAAUAAUGCAAACGGCAGCUUUUUAAUUCACCAUAUUAUUUCUUCCGCGAUUAAGGAGAAGAGAUGUGUAUGUUUACUGAGUUUUGUUCAGAAAUUUCAUCAUUACAAUUCAAUCUCAAGAAAGUUGGGAGUAAAUUUGCAGACGGCACAGAGCGCAAUACAAUUUGUUUUCCUUGACGGCCUCGACGUUCUGCUUCAGACGUUUUUCGUGGAAGACUGCUCAAGUACUUGUCGUAAAAAUAUAGGUGUCUUCAGGAAGCUGAGAGAAGAAAUUUUGAGUACUUUGUCGAGAUUUAUGGAGACUUCCAAUUCAGUACCACUUGUGAUUAUAGACGAUGUAUCUGUACUCGUAAGCCUAGGGUUUGGAUCGGACAGUGUUGGGAUAUUUGUCAACAGUUUGAUCUCAGAAGUCAUAGAUCGUGUCAUAAAAAUAGCAGGACCCCAAGAAACCGGAGGAAGCAAGAUACCAUCAAUAGUAAUACUUUCUUCCUAUUCAGAAUCAGACAGGGAGUCUGUUUACUUAUGGAAACUACUAUCACAUAUUUCUUCCAUAAGUGUAAAUGUGACAGGUUUGGAAACAGGAUACUGCAAGGAUGUACAUGGACAGGUAACUGCUGUAUGGCAUGACAGGUACAACCAUCCAAGACCUCAUCAGAGAAAGAUACUCCAGUUUAAAUUAUCUGAGACCAGCGUGGAAUUCUUUGCUUCGGGAAUGUCACCUGCUGUUCUUUGAUGGUGAAAGACAGAUAUUCAUUAACUGGGCAAAAGUAAAUGCAACCGAAGAUAAAUAUUUUAAUGAAAAGAAGUUUACCAAGGUGGGAAAUGUGUAUAAAACACAAGACUAAUCAUAGAACUGAUGCAAUCAAUUUUACUUAGCAAGAAUUUUUAUUUGAUUUAUUUAUUCCAUGGCCAUUGCCCUAUGGAAGGGGGAACAACAAAUAUGACAAUAUUACAUGAUAUGAAAUAUACAAUUUUGUCGUAUUCUACUAAUAAAAAAUUAUGCAUGAAUAUAUUGUAACACUUUGUGAAAAACCAUUCACACUAGCUGACUAGUAGAAAUAACUGCCGUUAACCAUACAUAAUUUCCAGACUUGCAAUCAUUUUAUGGCAAAUUUGUUAAUUUUAAAUGUAUUAAAAAAAACCAAAAAGACAGAUUUUUAAUGGUAUUUUUUAUGCUAACAAUACACUCAGUUUUGAUACAUUUGGCAUAGUAUAAAAUCUCCAAUGUAAAUAUCUACCUCUAAAGUGCAAGUUUCACAUUGUAGUACAAAGUGUACUUUAUCUUUCUGUUACUUUACAUGAGGGACACAUUAAGUCUUGUAUGGAUGUGUUGUUUGUGUUGAAAAUAGCAAACCGCAAUACUAGAAACGCCUACUCUAAAUUUUGUCAAUUCGGUAAUGAAGGUCUAAAUUCAUUGAUGAAUGUUUUACAGUCUACCAUACCAUACAUACAAUAAAAGAAGAAUCUGUCACUUGAAGUUGGA